UGGGCGAGCAAGAUCAGCGCGGAGCGGAGCUGGGCGGAGCAGCGCCUCGAAGCCGACGGCCCGGCCAUGCCAAGGGGGAGAGUCACGUCGCGGUCGGCCACCUCAAGCAUGCCGCAAACGCUGCCGCCGAAGCGCUGGCGGCCGUCGCUGUCGGAUCUUAUUCUCCGCGUAGUCUGCUGCUCACCGGCUAAUAAAGGUACCUCGUUAGCUGUCGUUAAGAAGACACUCGCCGCUGAGGGCUACGACGUGCGACGGAAUAACGGUCGCCUGAAGACGGCGCUCAAGUCGUUGAUCAAGAAGGGUGUCCUGGAGCAGGUGACAGGCAGCGGCGCCUCUGGUUCGUUCCGCAUCGCCCCUAUCGGUAAGAAGCACUCAAAUACAAACAGGCGGCGUGGGAGGGCGGCCGGUGGAGCCCGGCGGCGGGCUGGGAAGACCAAGCGGCGCAGACGCGGUGUUAAAGCCGCCGAGCAGCGGCUGAAGAAGCUGCCUAGAAAGCGGGGAAGGGUCAAGGCAGUGGUCGCAGCACAGAACACAGUAGAAGAACUAGCCGUGGAGGCGGCGGAGGCGGUCGAGCGCGCGGAGAUGGCGGUGGCUGAGGCUGCGAUGGAGGAGGCUGGGGGUGAUUAUUAGUACGGUGAAUAGAACAAUAAACGUUGAACCCAAUGGCUCUUCUAAGAGCCGCUGGGGGGUUCAGCGGAGGAGCUGGUCACCGGUGUUGAGAGAACGCCGCCGUUAAGGCGGUUUUGGUGCCAGUGGAAGGGCUGCGCCGGAUGGGAACUGCCGCCUCGUGUCACUGAAAGAGCUGCACCGAGGGACUGGGGGAACGAGGCGGCGUUAAUGGGCGCACCUA